AUGGGUUCCUUUGCUUUUGAAGGCAUGUGCUUGCGUUCCAUGUAUUGUUCUUGGAAACCUGUUGCUUGUGAAUCGAUCAAGUUCGCUACUUGGAACGCUAUGAUCGGUGGGUAUAUGGGCAAUGGUGAUGCAAAGUCGGCUACUGGAUUGUUUGAACAAAUUUCAUGUAGUAGAAAUAUGGUGACUUGGAUCGAGAUGCUGAAAGGGUACGGGAAGCAAAACGAGACCGAGAAAGCAAGAGAAUUGUUUGAGAGAAUGCCUCUAGAGUUGAAGAAUGUGAAAGCUUGGGCGGUGAUGCUUGGAUCGUAUGUGAUGUGCAUGAGGCUACAACUAUUUUUUACCAUAAAUGUUCGUGAUUUGGUGAUAUGGAACACUUUGAUAGCUGGUUAUGCACAAAAUGGCUACUUUGAUGGUGCUAUUGAUGCUUUCCAUGAGAUGCAAAGAGAGGAAUUUGAGCCGGAUGCAGUAAUGGUUUCAAGUGUUUUGUCUGCUUUUGCUCAAUCAGGUCGUCUUGAUGUUGGCAGAGAAGUUCACUCUCUGAUUAACUGUAAAGGAAUUGAGCUUAAUCAGUUUGUUUCAAAUGCAUUAAUCAACAUGUAUGAUAAAUGUGGGGAUCUAGAGAAUGCCACAUCCGUGUUUGAGUCCUUAAGUCUUAGAAGUGUAGCUUGUUGGAACUCGAUGAUCUCGUGUCUUGUCUUUCAUGUGAAAGGCAAAGAAGCUUUAGAGAUGUUCAAAAAGAUGAAGAACUUCGAUACAAAGCCAGAUGAGAUCACUUUUCUGGCGGUGUUCAUGGAGGCUUUCUAG